GCGGCUUGGGUCGCGUUUACCCCUCCUACUUCUGCUCUUCAACUCCUCUAACCGCUAUAAAUAGCUUUUCCUCCAUCAUCGCUAUAUCCUCCAAUAAUUCAGUUGUUCUUCUCCUUGUUGGCUGAGACAGGCAGAAGGCAUGGUUCGCGGGACGCUCGAAGUCCUCCUCGUCGGAGCCAAAGGCCUCGAGGGCACCGAUUUCCUCAGCAACAUGGAUCCCUAUGCAAUCCUCACAUACCGGUCACAGGAACAGAGGAGCAGCGUCGCAUCUGGGAAAGGCUGUACUCCUGAAUGGAACGAGAGCUUUGUGUUCACCAUCUCCGACGGUGUCGCAGAACUCACCAUCAAGCUCAAGGACAGCGAUAUGUGCACGGCCGAUGAUUCCGUUGGAGAUGCAACCAUUCCUUUAGAAGCAGUCUUUCAAGAAGGAAGACUCCCUCCUACUGUCUACAAUGUUGUCAAGGAUCAAAAAUAUUUUGGAGAGAUUAAAAUUGCUCUAUCCUUCACUCCAGAAGAAAAUACUGAUCGGGAUUUCGACAAGGAGAGCUAUGGUGGAUGGAAACAAUCCUCCUGAAAGCAUGAUGUGUUUCGUCACAUUCUACUUCAAUGUAAAGUGUGUUAGAUCAUAUUCUUCUGAUCCAUUUGAAAAUGCUAAUUAAUCUAAAAUGUACUUCAUUUGCUCAACUUCGUUAAUCAAU